UUGAAAUGGCUGAACAUCAGUCCAAGUCUAAACUUAAACGAAAGAAGUGCUCUUUUAGCGAAGAUAAGCAUCCGGAAACAUCUUCCAGGGGAACGCUGAACAGGACAGCAGCGUCCUCCAGUGAAGUUGUAGCAGAGCCCGAGAGGUCAGUGUCUCCUGCAGCAGUGUGGUGGAACAGAGAGCAGCUGCCUGCUGUGGAGAGUCUGUGGGCCUUGACACUGAAGUCUGCUCUGCUGUACCAGCACUGUGACCUGGUUCCUGAUCUCCCACAUCCAUCUACAGCGAGACCCACACUAAAGUUGGAUGAACGGUGGUGUGACCUCAGUGAAGAGGUUGCUCCCUUCCCUGAACCCUCCCCACCUUCUCCAAGGACUUCACUGAGUCCAGAUCCUCUCAGGCUCAGCCCCUCCCUGCAGGACCUUUUAGCGCAGACCGAACCAGCACCAGACCCACCUGACAAACAGCUGUCCUCUCAAAGCAAGCAAAGCCAUAAUGGCAAGGCAACAUCUCUUCAAACCCUCCGCAGAAGACCACAGCCUUCCCUCCACAGCUGGGAGGGGGCGGCAUCAUCAGCAGGACCCCCAGGUGUUGGAGGAGAAGAGGAGAGGAAAGCAGGAGAGCAAGGAAAAGAGACGGGAACAGUCAGCCGACAGCUCCUCACAAACCAGGUGAGCGUGUCUGACAGGCAGAAGCAGGCUGAAAAUAAAGAGGAAGUGGAGGCGCAGAGGAGUGCCAGGGGAGGUGGAGAAGCAGCAGGAGGAGGAGGAGGAGGGCUGCAGAGCUGCCCCAUGUGUCUGCUGGUGUUCCCUGCUGGGUUCACCCAGAUGGACUGUGACGGCCACCUGGCCCAGUGUCUGUCAGAGGUGAACGUGGACGUGACCUGGUGAGCCGACAGGAAGCUGGCUGCUGUCCAGGAGCUACGAGCGGCGCAGAUGCCCCACACACACUUCACAGUCAGAUGUGGAGCAGGACUUUCCCAGAGAGCAGCUCAGUAUUCAUGAGGCACUGACACCGUACAGACCUCGAGUCAGUGGGUCAUACCUCAAGGUGAGUAAAUCAGGAUGUUCACCUCUUUGCAGAAAAAACACGUGAGGUGGGAAGAACAUUCCUCUAUCAUGGAAGAAGGUCAGUUGUGAGAGUAAAAUAUAUCAAACCGGCUGAUAGAGACGGGGUUUCUCUUGGACAGCUGUACAGAAUUAUCCACUGACUCAUUUAAAGCCUAAAAACUAACACACAUGACACCUGGCCUGGAUGUUAUCAGCAUUGAGUGGAACUGUUAAAAGAUAUGAUCACAAUUUGUUCUCGUUUGACUAAUUCUGUUGUUGAAAUUAAUGAUUUCAAGCUAAAAAAAGCACAGUGGCUGUGUACAGCUUCCUGAAGUCUUGUUGUCACAGUGAGGUUGUGUCUGCACAGAGGCCAAAAACAAAACCUGUUCUUACAGACCUCAUCUGGCCACCUGAGCUUCGGCCGGAGACGCUGCUCAGACAUGCUGGGUGAAUGGAAACACUGCUGCUUGUCAGUAAUUCCAGCCUCAUUAUUGACUUUCUCUAUGUGCUUGGUAACAUGCGUACCAUAGACAGUCAGAUAGUAAAUGUAUCUGCAUACUAGGGCUGGGCAAAAAAGCUGCAACGUGUAUCAUGAUAAAAUGUUUUGUUUCAGUCGUAUUCAUAAUCAAUCAUUUUUAA